AUGGCAGAGCCAACUCCGACUGAUACGUCCACCAUGUCCGCCGUCCCGUCUGCCGUCGCCUCAGCCGUCGGGUCCGCUGUAGGCACCCCGCAAUCCGUCCCGCCCAUGGACCCGGAGGAGCGCGCCAAAUCUAUCAACGUGUCGCUGGCCGACCUCACUGCCAAGGGAACCGCCCUCUACCAGUCCAAGAAGUACGAAGAGGCGUCCGAGGUCUUUUCACAGGCCACCGAGAUGCAGGCCGAGCUCAAUGGCGAGCUGGCGCCCGAGAAUGCCGAUAUCCUGUUUCUCUACGGUCGCAGUCUUUUCAAGGUUGGCCAGAGCAACAGCGAUGUCUUGGGCGGGAAGGCUCCCGACGAGAAGAAGAAGAAUUCGAAUGGCGCCACCAACUCCAAAGCAAAGAAGCCGCAAGCCGAAUCAUCCACUGUCAACGCGCCCGAGGAGAAGACCGAAGCCGAGCAGGUCGCCGAGGAGGGUGUAGCCAUUAUUGCAAAGAACGCGACUGGCAGUGGAACAAGUGAGGCUGAGACGGAUGCCAAGAAGCCGCUCUUCCAGUUCGAGGGUGAUGAAAACUGGGAAGAGUCGGAUGACGAAGACGAAGUUGAAGGUGAUGCCCAGGAAGAGGAAGAGGACGACGAUCUCGCUGUUGCAUUCGAGAUCCUCGAUCUCUCGCGCGUCUUAUUCGAGAAGCGCCUUGAACAGCUGAAUUCCGAAAAGGCGGAAGCUGGGGAGAACGACAAGGUCAUUCAGCACAUCAAAGAGAGACUCGCUGAUACGCAUGACCUCCUCGCAGAAAUCUCCCUAGAGAAUGAGAAAUUCCCCGCAGCCAUCACAGAUUGCCGCGCCACCUUGAAGUACAGGAAAGAGCUUUAUCCUCAAAAAUCGGAACUUGUAGCCGAAGCGCACUUCAAGCUCUCUUUGGCGCUCGAAUUCGCGUCUGUGACGACGACCCAGGAAGACCAGGGCGAUGCAGGCCCGAAACAGGUUGAUGAAGGUCUACGGACCGAGGCAGCUGAUGAACUGGAGAGCGCCAUCAAGAGUACACAACUCAAGCUGGAGAACAAGGAGGUCGAACUCGCUAUGAUGCAUGUGGUGGAGGACAACGACGUGACGCGCAAGCAGAUCGCUGAGGUCAAGGAGCUAAUCGCGGACAUGGAGCAACGGCUCGUUGAACUACGCAAGCCGCCCGUUGACAUGAAUGAUGCUCUCGGCGAUGACAAUCCCUUGGCCGGAAUCUUGGGCAAGGCACUGGGCGAGUCGGCGGCCGAGACGCAAGCGCGCGUCGAGGAAGCCAAAAAGACCGCCAAUGACCUGUCUGGUCUGGUGCGCAAGAAGCCCAAGGAGCAAAUUGAAGAGUCCAAUGGCAAGCGUAAAGCCGAGGAUGCUGCUGCGGAAGAAGAGGUCGAGGCGAAGAAGGCCAAAGUGGAGACUGCUACCGAAUCGUAG